AUGAGGUUGUCCCUAGCUGCCGCUAUCUCCCAUGGCCACGUCUACCGCCGCCUGGGCCUCGGUCCUGAGUCCCGGAUCCACCUGCUACGGAACUUGCUCACAGGCCUAGUUCACCACGAACGCAUCGAGGCGACAUGGGCACGAGUGGACGAGAUGAGGGGCUACGCGGAGAAGCUCAUUGACUAUGGAAAGCUGGGAGACACCAACGAAUGAGCCAUGCGUAUGGCUGACUUCUGGCUCACUGAGAAGGACUUAAUCCCAAAGCAGUUUAAAGUGCUAGCGCCUCGGUUCCAAGGUCAGAAUGGCAACUACACAAGAAUGCUACAGAUCCCAAAUCGAAAGGAACAAGAUCGGGCCAAGAUGGCAGUGAUAGAAUAUAAAGGGAACUGCCUUCCUCCCCUGCCUCUGCCUCACAGAGAUAGCAACCUUACUCUCCUAAACCAGCUACUCCUGGGACUGCAGCAGGACCUGCACCACAACCAGGAAGCAAGCCUCCACAGCUCCCAUACGGUUCAAACACCAAAGACUUAACUGGAGCUGGAGAGUGCAUAGGUGCGGUGCCUGUGUUGGUGGGUCUUAGAGCUCUUGUAGUGUGUGAGACUUGGAAGUAGCAUUGUGGAGCCCCCUCAUAGUGAGGCCCAGACCUCCCUGCUGACUAGAAUUGAUCCUCUAUGCACAGUAGAUAAA